GUAAACCCAAGUGUUCGAAUUUUACAAAUGCCGGAUCAUUGAGUGUAUGUGUGUCAAAACAUUGUCAUCUAUGUGUCCCAGAACCCAUCGCAGUGCUUCUUGGAUUACCAGGGAAUAGUGUGGUCGAUUUACAUGUCUAUCUGGAGGCAGAACGCUAAUAAAAAUCGAACAUGCUAAAGUGCAUCCCCCUGUUUCGCGCGUGCAAUAGGCAGGUGGAAUACAUCGAUCGUCGGCAUUGGGGGCUGACCACGGUACCAGACGAUGUCCUGCGUUACGUCAGAAGCCUCGAGGAAUUACUCCUCGACUCUAACCAAAUUAAAGAUCUUCCCAGAGCUUUCUUCCGCCUCAUUCAGCUGCGAAAACUGAGCCUGAGCGACAAUGAAAUCGGCCGACUCAUGCCAGACAUCGGUAAUUUUAUCAACCUUAUGGAGCUGGACAUCAGUAAAAAUGAAAUUCAAGAGAUUCCUGAGAAUAUCAAGUUCUGUAAAAACCUGCAAGUCUUGGAUUUCAGCAGCAAUCCCUUGAUGAGACUUCCUGAUGGCCUCACUCAGUUACGCAAUCUUACUCAUCUCGGUCUGAACGACAUAGAGUUGAAAUGUCUGCCAUACGACAUCGCAAGCUUAACAAAUCUUCAGUCACUGGAACUGCGGGAGAACCAACUGAAAGAACUUCCGCGUACACUUUCGUUUCUCGUCAAACUGCGCAUUCUCGAUGUAGGCAGCAACGAGAUAGAGUCCCUGCCAUCGUCUCUGGGUUCAUUGCCAGCUCUGGAAGAACUCUGGCUCGACUCCAAUGAUCUCUCCGAGCUACCAGAGGAGAUCGGCAACCUGAAGAAACUGACACAGCUGGACAUCUCGGAGAACCAGCUGGAUUAUCUGCCCGCAGAGAUCGGCGGACUGGUCAGUCUGACUGACCUCAGUCUGUCGCAGAACAACAUCGAGUAUCUGCCCGAUGGAGUCGGUUUCUUGAAGAAGCUAACUAUAUUAAAAAUCGACCAGAACCGACUGUUGACUCUGACUCCACAUAUUGGAAGCUGUGAUAAUUUACAAGAGCUCAUUUUAACAGAGAAUCUUUUAACGGACCUGCCUAUCACUGUGGGCAAGUUAAAGAAUUUAUCCAAUCUUAACGUUGACCGGAACCGACUGACGGAAAUUCCUCUAGAGCUGGGUAAAUGCACUAAACUCGGUGUCUUGUCACUAAGGGACAAUAAACUCCUUCGACUGCCGCAGGAGCUGGGGAACCUCGCACGACUUCAGGUGAUGGACGUGUCGGGAAACAGACUCGAGUACCUGCCGAUAACGAUAGCCAAUCUGAACCUGAAGGCGCUGUGGCUGUCGGAGAACCAGGCUCAACCAAUGCUCAAGUUUCAGACGGAUUUCGACGAGCGCACGGGACAGAAGGUCCUCACCUGUUUUCUCCUCCCACAACAAGGCUUCCACACAGAGAGCAUGGAAAACCUGCUGCGUGGCAGUGUGGCGACGGACGCUGAUAGUCGACUGAGUUGGUCGGAGGCACAGCGCAACCCCCGAGAGAGCAUUAUUCGCUUUGCAGAGGACCAGGAAGGCGAUUCAGAUGAAGACUCAGAGAGUCACUUCAUUCGACAAGGCACACCACAUCCCAAAGAACUGAAAAACCGGCAUCAGAAAUACAUCAAACAGAAAGGCAUUGACGGUCACAUCAUACCGCACCACGAAAACAAGAAACAGGACAAUGCGUUCAUGCCACAGAGAGACAGUGAUGUCAAGUGGAACGAGGAAGAGAUGGAGUCACCUCGCGAUCAGAGCGAAGGACACCGUACACCAGAGAAGAAAGUCAUGAUGACAAUGGAACCACCACAGAUAAUAAAAGCUCCAGAACUGGAAGGUCCUCCUCCUCCGAUGGUGGAAUCCGCGUCGUCCGGGGACGAAGACGAACUGCCGAGAGAAACGGAGCCGCUGAUAAAGGCCGUGUCGAUUGCCCAGUCGACAGUUAUCUCCCCUGGCCCGGAGGUCGUGUCGAAGCUGAACACGUCCCACGAGAGCGAGGACCGGGAGGAGGACAGCGGGGAGGACCGCAGCGACGUCAGCGAAUCAGAUGAGGAUUCGGACGCAACCAAAGAACGGAAGGUCGGGUUCGCCGACGACCUAGAGGAUGACGCGGACAAGGAUCACCGACUGCGGCGAAGGGACACGCCCCACUACCUGAAGAACAAACGCAUCAACCUCAACAGCAGCCCCGAGGACGCCGAGCAGAAAGUGCGGGAAAUUCUUGCACAGGCUGCGGCGCAAAAAGAACAGGCGGCCGUCGAUUCACAGUUGAAGGCUCCUGAGGGAGAGGUGAUGAUGUUGUCGUCACCCACUCAGCAGAUUCCGGUUGCUGUAGAGGAGGAUGAGUUGACGUUACAGCUGGUGCGCGAACCCGGCCAGGGUCUUGGUAUCAGCAUCGCCGGGGGCAAGGGUUCAACCCCUUACAAGGGAGACGAUGAGAGUAUUUUUAUAUCCAGAGUCACAGAAAAUGGUCCGGCAACGAAGGCUGGUAUUUUAAAAGGAGAUAGAUUAAUUUCGGUAAAUGGUAUAAAGUUGACAGAGGCCGACCACUACGAUGCUGUCAACGUUCUCAAGAGCAGCGGCAAUCAGAUCGAAGUCAUCGUCGGCAGAGAAAGACUGAUUCCAAAUGUUAAACUACCGGUGGAACAGUGUGAAGAUCACACACACACGAACAUCGCGACCGUGUCGUUUUCACCCGAACCCGAAACAGAGGUGUACGGAGAGACGAUAAAGACGACGUUAAAACGAGAAGCUAGUGGUCUUGGUUUCAGCAUCGCAGGCGGCAGAGGCUCGAUCCCGUUCAAGGGAGACGACAAUGCCAUAUACAUUUCUCGUAUCGUAGAAGGAGGUACUGCUCAGAAGGAUGGCACGAUUCAAGUGGGAGACAGAAUCGUUUCUAUAAAUGAUGUUGACCUGUCAGAUGCCCGACAUGACCAGGCGGUAGCGUUACUGACGGGAUUGGACCCGCAGAUCAAGCUUGUGGUGUACCGCGAGAAAACCGUCCCCAAGUCGGCGUCCGCGGAUGUUCCGAGCGGUACGAAACUGACGUCGCUGACACAACCACGCAUCCACUGGAGUCAGUCGUCACCAUCGACCGACAGCGCAACCAUCGCCGUGACGCAGUCGGAAAUCGUCGGCGUCUCCGCUUCAAGUCCCAGCCCGUUCGUGUCGGCUGUUCCCGCCUCCUACAACAGUGAACCAGUGGUUACAGCAACAACAACGACAACAGCUUCUUCUUCGCCGUCGGCACGGAUUAACCCCAUCCCUGCCCACUCCCCUGUCCCUCCCACACCCAUUGUGAGCCCCUCCCCAGCAGUCACACCUCACCCGACCCCCACCAGUGUACACUUCUCGUCGCCUUCCCCCAAAGUGAGCCCCAGAACACUUUCGUCGGACUGGUCGGUGCCCUCAACGGCCGUCCAGCCCCCCAAGUUUGUGUACCCCGGUUUCAACCGGUCUCUGAACACUUCGUCGUCGUCGAUUAGGACUAGUGAGUUUUCGCGCGUGGAGAACAAGGAAAACGUGCCGCUCCAGCCGACGACAGUUAGUGUGCCAAAUUUUCACAGUGGUGGUGUGUCGCCGGCGGCGGGUGCAGUAGUUGUGAAACAUUCGGUGGCCGAGCCCCAGGCUUCCAGGGAGGUGAGCGCAGGCAGUCAUACUGUGGUCACAGAGGAGCGCCCAGUGAUCAAGGGCUUAGAAAUAAACCAUGUUCGCUCGGUAACAGGGGAGAAAUCACAAUAUCCUAUAGAGGAGAUUAGAAUAAUGAAGGCUGGUGGACCUCUUGGUCUAAGUAUAGUGGGAGGCUCGGAUCAUUCAAGUCAACCAUUUGGGGCAGAUGAGCCAGGCAUAUUUGUUUCCAAGAUUGUAAAAGAUGGUGCUGCUGCUAGGACAAAGUUAAAAAUAGGAGAUAGAAUUUUAGCUGUAAAUGGUAAAGAUGUUAGUAAAAGUACUCAUCAAGAGGCUGUGAUGACGUUGAUAGCGCCCACGCAUGAAAUCAGACUGAAGGUCCGGCACGACCCGCCACCUACGGGUUUACAGGAACUGAUGAUAAACAAGGAGCCCGGGGAUAAGCUGGGUAUGAGUAUUAAAGGAGGAAUGAAGAACUACUCGGCAAACCCGCUCGACAAGAACGACGAAGGAAUCUUUAUAUCUAGAAUCAAUGAAGAUGGCUCUGUAGCGAAAGAUGGACGGUUAAAAAUAGGAAUGAGAAUAUUAGAGGUGAACGGUCAGAGUCUGCUGGGAUCCACUCACCAGGAGGCGGUGCGUGCACUGCGUAGCGUGGGUGAGAAGAUGGCCAUCAUGGUGUGCGACGGCUACGACGCCAACUCCACGCCCUCCGACGUCUCGUCCCCCAGCAGUCCCGUUGGCUUCCUGGCUGACUCGAGACAGGGGUCUGUGUCAAGCAUCGACAAGGACGACGAAAUCUCCAACAUCAUCAAACAGGAGGUGGAAAUGAUACACGAAACGGAAGAGUGGGAGAAACAAGACAGGCAGGCUUCGGAGAAAUUAAAACGGGAGAGAUUAGAAGAGGAGAGGAAUCUGUCGUCGUCCCUGCAACAAGAACAUGCUCAAAUAAAGGGGCCAGUCAGUCCCCAGCAGAGUCCACAAGCUGUGAUAGAUCAAGUGCCUGGCGAUACCAAUACUCGUGACGGACACCCGGACACACCCGUCCGGCCGCCAACGCCCUCAAAGCGAGUGAAACCGCCCAUCCCCCCCAAACGUGUGACACUCGCUAGGCAAGACGUAAUUGUCGAUGACGACGUUGUGGAUCCUAGAAAACAGGCUCGACUCCCGGCCGGCAAGUUAACGCCCACGUCAAAGAAUUUAACAUUCAGCGAUAAGAAGAAAUUUUUUGAGAAGGAAAUCAAUGAACAAAAUCUACCAAAAACACAGAACAAGCAGUUUAGCUAUUUAGCUGAACAUGAGAUAGCUAAACUUCGAAUAGAGGAAGAACAAAAAGCUAAGAAGAUGUCUCAGGGCGAGAUUCUCUCGUAUGUUUCAGGCAACAUGGAGAGCACGGCCGACCAAGACUACGACCAAGUCCUAUCCAGUUUAGAACCCAAAAGUCCCGGAAGUACCACUGUCAGAACAGCCAAAGCCGAAAAGCGCCUGUCGGACCGGAUUAAACUGGAACACGGCUCGCCCGAGGGGGAGAAAUUGUCACCCCAGGAAGAGCGGGAACUGCAGGCCGAAAAACGAGCCGCUUGGCGUAAAGCCAGAAUGAAGUCUCUGGAGGCAGAUGCGGUCAAAGCACAAGCAGUGAUAGUCCGCGCACAGGAAAUGUCUAAAGACGCGUCAACAAACUCAUCUUUACUGUCCACUGUAGAUAUCGCCUUCGCAGAUGACGAUGUGGAUUCAAAUCAUUCUAAUGAAAAUGGCCAAAAGAACUGUCAGGUGGAAGUAACGAAGCAGCACAUUUAUGAAGUUAGUCUGGACCAGACACCGGUCAGUCACAUCAACAGCUUGUCUGGAGACCAGCGGUGAAGUUCCUAGAUAUCACCCAAAUCAGGGACCUUGACCUUCAGUCCAUGUGGCCUUGCCAUCUCUUCACUAUCGGAAUCAUGGGAAUUGUUCAUUUCUGUUUAGCUACAAGCCAGUGUUUGUAACAAUAGUUUUAAUUGGUUCUCUUAAUGUCUCGUUUACUAUGUUAACUGCCAAUGCAGUGUUUUAGAUGCAAGAUGUGAUUUUUUUUUUUUUUUUUUAAGACCAUUAAUUAUGUCAUACUUUGAUUAGUUUGCCAAAUUGUGAACACUGUUUUACUUGGUAUGCCCAUCAUGGAAUGCGUGUAUUGGUGUGGAGGGAAUUGUAUUAAGUUACUUGUUUGUGUGAACAUCAGCAUAUCACUCAGUUUGUAUCGUGUAUUUGCCCUGGUCGGAACCCCCCAGAAAUGUACAUGGUAUAACCUGUAAUUGAGUAAUAUGCAAGAUUUGUGAAUCAAAGAUAAAACUAGAGUCAUCUAGAAUUCUUGGAACUCUUUUCCUGGUGUUGUUGGAAUUGUAUUUUCAGGAUUCAUGGAAUUUCGGAAAACUAUAUCCACGAUUCUUGGUCAGUUUUAUCUGAGAUUCUUAGAAAUAUAUUUCGGAUUCUUAGAAAUCUAUAUUCAGGAUUCUUGGAAAUCUGUAUUUACAUUUUUUUUAAAGAAAUAUUCUUAUGUAGGAUUCUUAGAAAUCUGUAUUUUGGAUUCUUGGAAAAUCUAAAUGCAGUUUUUAGAAAAAUUUCUUAUGUAGGAUUCUUAGAAAUUUGUGUUUUAGGAUUCUUGAAAAUCUAUAUCUGGUUUUUUUUUGUAAAACGUCUUGGCAGUGUAUCUAGGAUUCUUAGAAAUCACUGUCCCAGCCCUCGAAAUUCACGACAGCAUUGCAGCGGUAUUUUUAUCUUUAUCAGAUAUUUGCUUUAUUAUUAUCUGUACUAAAUGUGCCGUUGCACAACGAUCUGAAUUUUGAGGCCUGCUAACCAUUGUACCCUGUCCUAUCGCAUUCUAUGAACAGUAGGUGCCAAAAUCGAGCUCAUAGUGAGCUUCACCUUAAACUGAAUUGCUACAGCCAGAACGAAUGAAACCAUUUUCGAAUGUUAUCAUUGCUCACUAUCGCCGAAUGCAGAACAGUAUUGCUUAGAAGUUACGUUUAAAAAAUACAGAACAACAAAGAGGAAUGCAGAUAUUAAAUGAUUAAUUUAGUUUUCUCUAAUCGUAUUCAACUUGCUAGCAGGGGGCGGGAUUUAGCUCAGUCGGUUGAGUGCUCGCUUGCUUGCGUCACUGGAUCGAACCACCUCGGUGGAUCCAUUCAGCUGAUUGGUUUUUUUUUAUUGUUCCAAUCAGUGCACCACAACUGGA